AUGCUCCUUGACCCUAAUACACAAUGGGCGUCCCGUUUCCCCUAUAUAAUCGUCACCGCACAAGCACGGUAUCCCUCUCGAAGACCCAACGUAGUGGAUGGCCCAGAGAAGAUCCCUUUCUGUUUACCUUAUAUAUCUGAUGAUAUGAGCAGAGCAGUACGGGGCUGUCUACGAAAAGCGGGUCUAAGGAAUGACGUGAGGGUUGUGGAAAUACCUCCAGCAAACCUCAAGGAGAAGCUAGUACGUAACCGUGUGUAUGAUCGACUCUGCACAACUCCCAGCUGCGUGGUUUGCCCUUAUGGCAGAGAGGGUGAUUGCAUGAUAUCGGGAGUGGUGUAUCGUAUCACGUGCAGGUUGUGCGGUGACGAUUAUAUAGGGGAAACGGGACGCCCAAAGGGCUCUGACGAAGGCGAUACCGCCGAAACGUUAGCCGCUGUUUAA